AGGCACAGUACUCGAGCACGGGUCGCUUACGGUCUAUUGAAACCCUUAAGAAGUAGUUGACCCCCUCCCUGACCCUGGUUGCUGUAUUCAAGGUUGCUGUAUUCAACACCAAUAAUAAAACUACGUAGAGUUGUCCAACAGCUGUAUAUGCUGUUCCUUUAUUUACGUUGCGCUUGUCGAGUAGGUGCUAGGGUCCUACUCUUGAACCAAACAAGAAAAUAACAGUACGUGGCGAUAAGGAUGUUCAUGUUAAUGAAAUUGAUGAAAUUGAAACCGCCACUUCGCAACUUUUGGGUUUGGCCCCUUUUGGCAGUCAUGGAAGUUUUGAUUUGCUUUUUAUUUCUUGUGGAAAGCACCAGUGGCGCCAUUGGAUUUGGAACAAAUCUUCUUGCCGAGCACGGUCGUAGGUCCAUCAAAGAAUGGAAACCGCGGCACGAAGUUUCUCCGCAAGAGAAAAGAAAACACAGUACUUCUAGAGGUCAGCACAAGAGGCUUCUUCGACGACGUCGCCCGGGCAUUAACAAUGGUGCCGACAGUAGAGAGGGGGAUAGGAUUGAAUCCGCCAAGGUAGAACAACAAGCCGCGAUUGAUGGAGGCAUCUCCCAUGUAGCUGCUUUCCCAGCACGACAAGAACCUUCGUUAUCGAUGUCGAUGUUGCAGCAUCCUCGGAACGACUUGAACGAAGCCAUCAAGGAUCAUUAUGCAGUCGUCCCCGAUCAAGUUGCACAUGCACCUACCACAAUUUCAGGAUGGCGCUCUACUACGUCCUUUCUGUCUUCACGAUCGUCCUCGUCUGCAGGAGCUUUGUCUCUUUUAUCAGGAGUCGGGAAGCCGAGCGGUCAGCAGUGCUCCAAUUACCGCUUCUGCAGAGAAAAGUACUUCGACAGUCAUGGAAAGGACAAUGUUGUUGACCACAGAAAUCGUGCAGAAACAUGGUACAACCCCUCGUCCCCGCCCAGCAUGAUGUGCUGUCCAGGGAGGAUGAAUGUGAUGACUUCUACACCGAUUUUGAACAUCGACGAGCUCGAGGUCGAGGACCCCGACCCCGGAAGUAGAAGAGCGACGUUAUCGAAGAUGAACUCGAAUCACUUCCUGGGACUCGACUCGUGUUGUCUCCAAGGGACCACUGUCCUCGAGUCUGCUCAAGAAGAAGAAACCUCCAAGAGGACGACCAAGGGGCAUGGGAAAGGAGUCGUCUUUAGAGAGGGGACACGCAAGGAACUCAUCCAGUCGAAGUGGUCCAGCCCUUUGGACAGGCAGAUGAAUAUGGAGUUUUGGAAACAGCAACGAAACGCCGACGACCGCAUGAUCGCGUAUUUGAAGCGUACGGGGCAAGAUCAAGAUGCUGAACUGAUGCACACCAGCAGUAAGAAGAAAUUUAUGGAUCACGCCGACGAGGAGAAAUUGCAAAUUGAGCGCAAGGCUGGCGAUCAGCUGUGA